UCGGGACGGGUCGGAAUAACUGGAUUAUAAUCUGGGUUUGCGCGUCCACGUGAUUUCCCCGCUGCGCGGUUUUCUGCCGUUUCCUCGCUCGGGAUUCUCCGUUAAUUAGUCUGGUCGGUUUCUGAUGACUUUAGUAAUCCCGCCAUGAGCGCUUCUGGAGCCGCGGGCGAGUCCAAACUCGAGGCUGUGAUUCAGAGGCUGGAGGACAGUGUUCUGGCCGAGGAGAAGCGGCUGACGGUUCGAGGCUCUGCUCCAGAUGAGGCUCCGGUUAGUUUACCGGCGCGCGUGCGCGAGAUCGUGUCCCGGAACCUGAGUCCUGACGCCGUCAUGUCGUCAGGUCUGUCUCUGCAGGAGGAGAAUCAUCUUCUCCAGAGUGAGUUGAGUCGAGUGGAGGAUCUGCUGGCACACAGUCGAGCAGAGCGGGACGAGCUGGCCAUCAAAUACAGCGCCGUCAGCGAGAGACUGGAGCAGGCUCUGCGUCUGGAUGCGGGUGCGGACGGCAAUGAGGCUGCAGACUCUGGCAGUCUGGCGCAGCAGAAUGUGGAGCUGCGGCGGCGUCUGGAGGAGGAGCAGGCGGCGUACAAGCGCAAACUCACAGCCUAUCAGGAGGGCCAGCAGAGACAAGCAGCGCUCGUGCAGAAACUACAGGCCAAGGUUCUCCAGUACAAGAAGAAGUGUGGAGAUCUUGAACAGGCGCUGCUGGAGAAAUCCAAUGGGGGCUGUGACGGCAGCAGUAAUGGGCACCGGCGGGAUGAGAACGAGCCGAGCAGUGACCUGGAGAGUGCCCUCAUCCGGCUGGAGGAGGAACAGCAGAGGAGUAGCGCUCUGUCCGCGGUUAACGCUAUGCUACGGGAGCAGCUGGAACAAGCCGGACUGGCUAAUGAGGCGCUCAGCCAGGACAUCCGCAGGCUCACUGCUGAUUGGACCAGAGCGAGGGAGGAGUUGGAGCAGAAGGAGUCUGAUUGGAGGAGAGAGGAGGAGUCAUUCCACAGCUACUUCAGCAGUGAGCACAGCCGUCUGCUGGCGCUCUGGAGGCAGGUGGUGAAUCUGCGUAGACAAGCCUGUGAGCUGAAGAGCGCCACCGACAGGGACCUGUCUGCGGUGCGCGGCGAGCUGGCGUGUGUGUCCCAGAGUGUGCAGCUGCAGUGUGUGAGUGUGUGUGCGGCGCUGCGCAGUGGAGAAAGGGACGGGUCUGCAGUGCUGCUGGAGAGAGAGACAGGUGUGCGGAUACAGCUGGAGCAGCAGCUCAGAGACACGGUGACGGAGAUGAUCCACCUGCAGACCAGGAGAGACGCAGAGAGUGCAGAGAUCAACACACGGCUUGUGGACGCAGUGCGAGAGCAGGAGCGCCUCAGAGCUCGUGUGGAGGACCGAGAGCAGGAAGUGACAACACUCAACAGGAAGUUGCAGGAACAGAAGAGUCUUGAGGAGGCUGAAGUUCACUCACUGAGGACACACACUGCAGCACUGCAGACAACACUCCGAGACAUCACACAGCUGCUGUGCUCUGACAGUGAGGCUGUGGACACACACACUGAGGAGUCUCUGCUGCCGCUGCUGCGCUCUUCAUCAUCAUCAUCAUCAUUACCCAUCAUGCCUGACAGCUGUCUGACUGCCCUGCGCUCUGCUGUCAACAACAGGAUCAUCCAGACACAGGAUCUGCAUGAGCGUCUGCAGGCUGCACAAUCAUUGGUUCAGCAGCUGCGCAGGCAGCAGGGAGAGGCGGAGUCACAGCGACGAGAGGCGGAGCUCCGCUCACAGACUCUGCAGAGAGAGAGAGAUGAGGCGGAGCGAGAGAGAGAGACGGCAGAGAGAGAGAGACAGCGGCUGCAGCAGGAGAGAGACACACUCUGCAGUGAGAAGCAUGCAGCAGACACAGCGGCGCAGGCGGAGCACACACACACACAGCUGCUGCAGAUGGAGAGCGAGAGACUGCAGGUGUGUGUGUCGUCUGCACAGAGAGAGAGGGAACACCUGCGGGACGAGCGAGACGCAGCGCUGGAGGAGAGAGAGAGAGCCCGCGCACACACCCAGCGCAUUCAGCAGAUGUGGGAGGAGUCAGAGAGUCGCUCAUCUUCCCUGCGGGCGGAGCUGGCGGCGCUGAGAGAGUGUGUGCAGCAGGGGGCGACAGAGAGACUGAUGCUGGACACACACAACACACAACUGAAGGACACACUCGCCAGGAGCGAGAGCAGUCAGGCUGAACUCUCCCUCAUGAUCACGAAGCUUCGUUCGGAGGAGUCGACUCUCAGAGAUUCGCUUGCUAAGAUGAGCAGCAUCAACGAGAGUCUGGCGCAGGACAAAGCCCAGCUCAACAGCGUCAUCGCGCAGCUGGAGGAGCAGAGGGGCGGGCUGCUGAGCCGGCAGAGGGAGGCGGAGCUAGAGAAGCUGACCAUCAGGGAUGAGCUGGUGCGCUCCGAGCAGGACCGGCUGGAGCUGGACUCCGCCCGCCUCGCUCUCCACCAAUCACUGCAGGAGGCGGAGCUGGCCAGGGCAGGGCUAGAGGCGGAGCUUCAGACGGCGCAGGCUGACCGAGUCAAGCUGCAGGACAGAAUUACACAGCUGAUUGGUGAAGUGGCUGGUUUGGAGGCGGAGCUUGUCUCCCUCCGGGGUGAAGGAGAGAGGAAGAGUGCUGCUCUUGAAGAGGUCGGGCAAGGGAGGGCGGAGCUUGUGCGGGAGAGGGCGGGGCUUUUGGUUCAGCUGACAGCAUCAGAGAGAGAGAACGCCAGUCUGACGGAGGAGCUCGCAGCCUUCAGGACAGAGAGGGAGGUUCUAGAGACGAGUCUGUUCGAGCUCCAGCAGCAGGUUAAUCAGAUGGAGUCUCAGCGUGAACAGCAGGAGUCGGAAAACCAGAGCCUGAGACUGCGUACAGACACCAUCACAGCGGAGCUGAAGCAUCUGCGUGCUGAAAGAGAGACAGUUGUGUGUGAGACGGAGAAGCAGAAGGAGGCUCUGAGAGAUGCGCUGUCAGCCGUGCAGCAGGAGACACAGCGAGCCCAGCGCACUGCCCUGUCUGACCACCAGGAGGAGCUGCAGCGGCUGGCCAAUCAGAAGGAGGCGCUGCGCUGCAGUCUGGAGGCUGAACACCAGGGGGCGCUGCGGCGGCUGCAGGAGCACCAGGAGGAGCAGAGGAGCCGGCUGCAGGAUGAGCGAGACCGGCUGCAGGAGGAGCUUCGGUGUCUGCAGCGCGACCGCGACCAGAGACUCUUACAGGCUGAAACCGACAAACAGCAGGCUCUGUCGGUGAAGGAUCUGGAGGCGGCGGUGCUGUCGGAGAAGCUGAGUGCCCUGCAGGCGGAGCUGAGUACUGCCACAGUGGAGCUGGAGAAGCUGAACCGAGAGACGGCGGCGUUUAAAGACAAGGAACGGGCUGCGGUUGCGUGUCUAAAUGCAGAAGUGCAGGAUCUGCGCAGUCAGCUGCAGGACGCCACGACUGCACACGCUCGAGAGCUGCGCAGACUGCAGGAGAACUGCGGAGACCAGCAGACGCGAGCCGACACUGCACUCACAGAGCUGGAGGAGUGUCGCACGCUCCUGUCGACCGCGGAGGAGAGCCGAGACGCCGCCAGACGAGAACUGCUGGAGGCGGAGACACGUUUGUGCCAGAUACGAGAUGUGGGGGAGGGGCAUAAACGAGAAGAGGCGGAGCUACGGCGCUCUCUCAGUGAUGUCUCCAAGGAGAGGGACGCUCUCAGCCAAUCAAACGGCCAGCUGAGGGAAGCCCUGAGAGCAGCAGAGAGCGAGAGAAUCAGUGUGAAACGUGUGUGUGAGGAGCAGCAGCAGAAGCUGUGUGUGCUGGAGGAGUGUGUUUCGUCUGCGCAGACGGAGGUGUCGGAGUUGCGGAGCUGCCUGCGGGAGGUGGAGAAAUCCAGACUGGAGGCCCGCAGGGAGAUGCAGGAGCUGCGCAGACAGCUGAAGGCUCUGGACAGUGAGUGUGUGCAGCAGCAGCAGCAGUGCGGUGAUCUUCAGGCGCGUGUGUGUGUGGAGCAGCAGAAGCAGCAGCAGUGCAGUCGAGAGCUGAACACAGUAAAGCAGAAACUCACAGAUGCAGACGCCGCCACACACACACUGCAGAAAGAGCUGUCGCUCCUGCAGCGGCGUCUGGCCGAGAGCGAGGCGUGUUUGCGCAAUCGUGAGCGUGAGCUAGCGGCGCAGCUACAGGAGGCUAGCGGCACGCAGCAGAAGCUCCAGGACGAGGUGUGUAAGCUGAGUGUGCGCUCUCAGACGGCUGCAGACACGGCUGCGCAGGUGCAGCUGGAGCUCAGUGCGGCGCAGGGUCGGCUGGCGGCCACCGAGGCGGAGCUAUCGCGAGCGGAGGCGGGGCGUCGCGACCUGGAGUUCCGCCUCUCCAGUCUGCAGUCGGCGCUCACACGUACGCUAGGCAUUGGCGCCAGUGGGCGGAGUAGCAGCAGGGGGCGAAGUCCCACAGGCUCCUCCCCUUCCUCUAUGACCUCAGGGAUGAUGUCUCGCCAUCGGAGUGUGUCUCCACUGCACUGCUCACUAUCGCCACCCAAAGAUGUGGCCAAUCACGUGUCUCCUGAUAGCUCCAUGAUGCUGCGGCCGCUGUCUCCAGAGCGCAGUGACGGCCCGCUGCCCGUCGCCCCGCCCGAGCUGGAGCCACAGGAGCUGCGCAGCCGCCUGAGGGAGUUCUUGCUGGAGCUGCGGGACGCACAGAGGGAACGGGACGAGGUCAGGGGUCAGCUGGGGUCACUGCAGACGGAGUUACAGGAAGUGACGGGAGAGAGAGACUCCGCUUACCAGCGCCUCACUCAGCUGCACAACACACUGCAGGAGUGCCAAGAGGAGAAGCGUGCUGCAGAUGCUAAGCUGUCGUCGGCUGAAGCGCAGCUGCAGGAGCGUGACGAGUGUAUGCGGAGAGCAGAGCGGGAGCGGCGAGCGCUAACCGAGCGAAUCUCAGAGCUGGAGCGGCAAAUGCUAAACACUGACACCGAGCGCAAGCGUGUGGAGGAGCAGUGCAGUCAGCUACGUGCGGGAGAGGCGCGGCUGGAGGCGGAGCGGCGGCGACUGCGAGAGGCGCUGGAGGCUGCGGAAGGGCGGGGCACAAGGGUGGAGUUGGGGAGGCGGAGCCUAGAGGGAGAGCUACAGCGAAUCAGGCGGAGUCUGGCAGAGAAGGAGGCGGAGAUUCAGACAGCUCACCAGCGACUCGAGGGCGCCACCAAACAGGUGUCGGAGGCCGAGCUGCGCGUCUCCUGUCUGCAGCGGGAGCUGGAGCGGCUGACAGUGCAGCUGUCUAAAGCUCAGGAUGGAGAGCGUCUGCUGCAGGAGCGAGUGCUGUCUCUCUCUCACAGCCUGCAGGAGGCCACAGACGCUCACAGCGCCACCCACAGCCGUCUCACUGCACUGCAGAAGAGCCUGAGCCAGGCGGAGGGAGAGCGCAGACAACUGCAGGAGCGUGUGGAUGCACUCAGAGCCUCAGCUGCAGACGGGAAGCGCAGUACAGACGCCCUCACUGAGCGCGUGCAGACGCUGCAGACGGAGCUGAAGCAGAGCCAGCAGAGCAGAGCAGAGCUGGAGACGCAGCUGCACAACACACAGCAGGCUCUGCGUCUGCGCUCGGAGACUCUGGCCGCGGCUCAGCUCAGUCUCCAGGCUGCGCAGACAGACAGGUCGGCUGCAGAGGAGCGUCUGCGCAGUCUUCAGAGAGCUGUCGCCCUGCUGGAGACCGAGAAGAGGGAUGCAGAGAGACAGGCCGUGAGGAUGGAGAAAGACAGGGCGGCGCUCAGGAGCACACUGGACAAGGUGGAGCGUCAGAAGCUGCAGACGGAGGAGAGCAGUGUUCGUCUGAGUGUGGAGAAGAGUCGAUUGGACAGAUCACUCAACAGCACAGAGCAGGAGCUGCAGGAGGCACACACACAGAUCACACUGCUGCAGGCUCAGCUGGUGGAGAUGGAGCAGAGUCACCGCGGCUGCGAGCACCAGAGCCGUCAGCAGGAGGAGGCGGAGCGGGAGGCGGAGCGACUGCGGCUCAGCCAGAGGGAGGCGGAGCGCACACUAGCGGCCCGCGAGAGAGCACACCGGCAGCGGGUCAGGGGUCUGGAGGAGCAGCUCAACACCCUGAAGGAGCAGCUGCAGCAGGAGAUCCGGAGGAGGAGCCCGGCACUGCCCCCCGCACUCAGCUGACCACACCCACUGCUGACUGCAACCUCAGCUGACCCCGCCUUUCAUCUGACCACAGUGGAGGUGCCCUCUGCUGACCACAAUCUCAGCUGACCCCCUCAGCUGACUCACUGCCCUCCGCUGACCCCACCCUCAGCUGAUCCCCAGCACUGCCCCCCACCUUAAAUUAAACUUACUUACUAUACUGUUCAGCCCAAUAGUUGGGUUUGUCCAUAUUUGACCCAACUAUGGGAUGAAACAGCCCAGCAGUUAGUGUAUGGAUUAUGUAAACGGUUUAUAACUACGCCAGCAUGCUACAGGCAGAUCUACAUGUGUUGAUUUGAAACACAAAUGUUUAUGAUAAUCAGACAAACUAGAAAGCCUACAGUCCCAUGAUGCACUGCCACUGUCUCCGUCCACCUGUUCACACACACAUUAUGGAAUAUUGCAUGAAAACGGCUUCAUUGAAAUGCCAAGAUGCGCAUACAUUGAUCAGAUAACAGAAACUGCUCAUAAUCCUGUACGGAUCACAGCCCACGGUUCAGAACACGCCACCUGCAGAUCAAUACGUUGUUCACUUGUAGAUUAAUCCUGAAUAUGUAACGAUGACAGAGAGAUGGCCUCUCACAUCACUCAGAUCACACGUAUGAAAGCUUUUCAGCUUCCCUGUAAAGUAUGAUGGCAGAGGAAGCUGUGUUGGGUUAUUGGAGAUGUGCUGCUGGGUUUCUCAGGUUAUUAAAGGUGUUUUAAAGGUUGAGAGAACAGCUUAUAGUUCAGAUAACACCGCUGAUGUUGAUGGUGCAGAUUAUAAAUCACCAUCAUGUUCAUUCAACGACACUCAGAAUUUACAGUUGUAGGCAGCAAUCACAUUAUUUGAUCAGUAGGUGGCGACACCAGCCAUUAAAAAUACACCACAGAAUAACUUCAGAAAUGAUCAUGAGCAAUGAAACAUGAAGAUUAAUGAGUGAAGAACUGAACCAUUUAUGGACCAUGAGAAUAAAAAUAGAUAUGAAUUGUAUGAUUUCUACAUUUAGUGUUAUUAUCAGCAAGAGAAGUAGUAACAGCGAGUUUUACACUGAAUAUUAGAGUUUAUUUCUAUUCAGCUGAUUAUUUCCUGUUAUUAUUUUUAAUUAAAUUACAGGUAUUAGAGCCAAAAGGGUCUUGCAGUGCUGUUUCUGUAAUAAAUAGAAAACUAAUUAUAUUUGUCAUCUCCUUUUUGGCUGAUCCGUCACUAAAAAACUCUACUGUGAUCUGAACCGGGAGAUCUGUGAUCAUUACACCACUAGUGUAUCCACAUUUCAGUAUUUUGAGCACUCGUUGGCUGUGCUUCAUGGGAGGGGGCAUUUCCUGCACAGCAUUAUGGGUAGUGUAGUUUUGUAGAACUAGCAUCACACAAGUUUUAAAAAUAAGUUGAGUUAAUGUGAAGAGAUUAAUGAACAUUCCACCGUGCUCAGCAGGUCUGUUUUUAAAGCUUUAUGAGUUUAUUUUAUUAUUCCCAGAGCUGACUACAGCUGAGUAUUUCUAACCUCACUGAAACAGUAAAUGUAGGAUAUUUUAAGGGCCUAGACUUUUUUAUGGAGAUUUUUACAAUGGUAAUUCAGGCCUGUAGCCAGGGGGGGUUCGGGUGGGUCCAGAACUUGUCCCAUACAUGAGCUCAUUUGUACUAUUGACUGCUGUGCCAUCAUAAAUAGUGAAAAUAACCCAUGGAAGAGAGCUUGAAGACAGAAAUGUGAUGUGAAGUCCUCUUUCACUACUGAGCGACUGUAAUGUUAAAUAGAAAAAACAUUGACUAAAUCUUCAACCUUAUUCUGGAAAGAAAAAUGACCAAUAAAAAGCUGUGAAGCACCAAAAGCUCAUUUUGAAGCAAAUUAAAGGUCAUUUUAAAAUUAAAUUGUGCAAAUGUACUUCUUUACAAGAGAGGCUAGAAAAUUGGGAAGCUCUGCGUUGUUAUUAUUAUUAUUAUGUUUUAUUUUUUAUUAUUUAAAUGGCCAAUAUCUGACUGAGGACAGCUGACUGUGCUGCCUGUUUGAUUGAUAAAUGUGUAUUUUAAACAUAAGUAUAAAUAAUGUUUUCCAUAUUGCUUUAUUCUAAACCUUUAGGAAAUGUUUUUGGUACAUCAAGAAGUGUAGUUAAGAUGACCAUCUGAGCGAAUGCUGACUAAAAUAGAGCUCAAAAUAUCACCAACAUGCACAGUUAAACAGAAAAUGAGGUGAAUAAAUGAAAAAAGCCCGUUCAUCAGGCUGGCUAUGGGCCUGUAAUGAAGCACAGUUUAUUCUUAAAUGACCUCACUGUAAUCUCGUUAGCAUCACUGUAAUGUGACGUUUGUUCAUGUAUUAUUAAUAAUCUUCAACACUGACACACACGUGAAUGUUUCUCUGUAAUAUUUACACAUUAUUAGUGUUUUUAAACUCGUAACUAAUCUUCAUUUGAUUGAUUGUGAAUCGCGGCGUUGUGAACAUGUUUACUGUCUGUAACUCAUAAAGCUGUUUACUGUAGUUUACUCACACAAAUUCCCCAAGUUAUGGACUCUUACCUGAGAGAUGGUCGAUAUUAAAGUGUCCAGCUUCAUGCUGAUGUACGAAUGUUUACACAGCAGGUAAGAAGCUCGCCGCGGUGUUGUUCAAAUGUCGUGUCGAUUUGAAAGGUCUGUCUACAGUUCCAGUGCGGUGGCCGCGCGCUUUUUAACCCCCGCAGCGCGCGCAGACAUUUAAAAUAACGGACUCUCACUGACAGCGAUAUUGGCGGCAAUUCACCGAGAUAAGACACUAACGGCUAAAUAUACCAGUCAUUGUUAUUUUAAUACUGUCUGCAAUAAUAUUACGGUGCAAGUAACUUACAGUUAUUCCAAAAAUAAACUAAUAUAGUCAUCGCGCUUUAGAGCUUCAUUCAACAAAACAACAUUACUCUGACAUAAUAAUAAUCAUAAAUAUUUGAAUGAAUAGUUUACUAGUGUUUUUCUUUGUGUGUGUGUGUGUG